AUACUACACUACACGUCUAUAGAAACAACACACACGAGUGUAGACGGGGUACGUGGUUUUGACAAUCUUUACUAUUCCGACUUUGACGCGACAAACAACACAACUCAUUCAGAGUAGGACAAUAUAAGGACUUGGAAAGACCAGAGAUAGAGAGAGAGAGAAAGAAAGUUGAAAGAGAGAAAAAGAAAGGGAAAGAGAACAAGGAGAGAUAACAAAAUGAACGUCGUUUCUCAUACUAUCGUCAGACCUACUUCGGUAGAUUUGGCAGGUUUAACCACUUGGGGUUUAGAAGGUUUGACCAAAACCAAUUGGAAGUUUGAUACAAAAACAACAGCAGCUACAAUUUUAACUGCUAUCAUUUCCCUUCUCAUCCUAGAACAAUUAGUCUAUCGUAGUAAAAAAGCACAGUUACCAGGAGCGAGAUGGACUAUUCCUAUUAUUGGUAAAUUCGCAGAUUCUCUUAAUCCCACAAUGGCGAAUUAUAAAGCUCAAUGGAAUUCCGGUCCGUUGAGUGCUGUAUCGGUUUUUAACAUCUUCAUCGUCAUCGGUUCUUCCAACGAGAUGGCCCGUAAAAUCUUGAAUUCUCCCACUUACGCCGGACCCUGUCUUGUUCAAUCUGCUAAAAAGGUCUUACUUCCUGAAAAUUGGGUAUUCCUUCAUGGUAAAGUCCAUGCGGAUUAUCGAAAAGCUCUCAAUGUUUUGUUCACCAAAACCGCUCUUUCAAUUUACCUUCCCAUUCAAGAACGUAUCUACCGUUCUCACUUCGCUCAAUGGGUAUCCGAUACUUCACCUGCUAAACCAUACAUGAUGAUCAUGCGUGAUCUCAAUAUGGACACUUCCCUCUCCGUCUUCCUGGGUCCAUAUCUCACCGAAGCUCAGAAGAUCGAACUGAACCAGAAAUACUGGGAUAUAACAGUAGCACUCGAAUUAGUAAAUUUCCCAUUCGCAUGGCCAGGAACAAAAGUUUAUAACGCCAUUCAAGCUCGGAAACUCGUAAUGCGUGAUCUCGAAGCAGCUUCCGCAGAAUCAAAACGUCGUAUGGCAGAUCCAAAUUCUGAACCUCAAUGUUUAUUAGACGCAUGGAUCAAAGCUAUGAUCGAUUCAAGACACGGUGAUGAUAAUGUUCAAGGUGAAGAAGGUGAACAACAAAGAUUAUUAAGUAGAGAAUAUUCAGAUCAUGAGAUAGCGAUGGUCGUUUUAAGUUUUUUAUUCGCAAGUCAAGAUGCUAUGAGUAGCGCUUUAGUUUACGCUUUCCAACUUACGGCGGAUCAUCCUGAAGUAUUGGAGAAAAUCAGGGAAGAACAAUAUAGGGUUAGAGGAAAUGAUGUUGAUGCUUCUUUGACUUUGGAAUUAGUUGAUGAUAUGGUAUAUACUAGAGCUGUUAUCAAAGAGGUUUUGAGAUUGAUGCCUCCUGUUAUCAUGGUCCCAUACACCACCACCAGACCAUUCGCCAUAACACCAGAUUACACAGUUCCGAAAGGUGCCAUGCUCAUUCCCGCUUUUUGGAAUUCUCUUCAUGACGAAACGGUUUAUCCAGAACCUGACGGUUUCAAACCUGAACGAUGGUUGCCUAACCCGGAUGGAAGCGCACCUUUGGCAGAUAGCAAACCUCAGAAUUAUCUGGUAUGGGGUAGUGGACCACAUAAGUGCAUCGGUGGUCAAUACGCAUCCAUGCAUCUCGCAGCUACACUCGGUACCGCAAGUGUUUUGAUGGAUUGGGAACAUGAACGUACCAAAGAUUCCGAUGAGAUUCAAGUGAUUGCCGCUAUCUUCCCAAAGGACGGAAUGAAGCUCAAGUUUCAUCCUCGUGUUGCGCCAUCAUGAUCAAUUGUGUCUUUCAAAUCGUAUUUUACCUUACCUUAAUGCACUGUAUGAUACUCUAGAACUUUAAUCGUCUACUUUUGUAUUCUCUGGAUGACUAUCCUUCUGCACUUUCCUUCAAGUUCGAUCUCUGAAGUGAGUCGUCAUGACAGUUGAGACACUUGUAUUGGCAGGGAUGACAAACGAAAGGCAGGCAGGUAGGUAGGUAGGUCAAGAGAGUAUGGUAGUAAAGAUGCAUGUCUUGAUAUGUGUUCUCG